CUCCAAAGAAACACUGACAACAUCUCAAUGGGGCUUUUAUUUGAGUAACAAACUUCAACUCUGAUCCAAGGCAGUGAAUUUUGACAAGCUGUGGACGUGACCUUGUUUUAUUUUGUGGGCGCAAAUAGUGGAUCGUACAUUUUUGGUGAAUUACUACAGUGAACAAUGACUUCCAGGAGGCCAAUGACUCGCUCUUUUUCUGCCAAUGGGAGAACAAGCAGCUUCAGUGAAGAGGAUAGCAGCUCUUCAAACGGCCGUCUCGAAACCCGCAAUAAUUACCUCUCAAAUGUUAGGCCUGAGAACAGCUAUUCAAGGUAUUCUCACUACAGGCCAACGAGGAGCACAUUGUGCACUGUCAUGGCUCAGCUCACUGAGGAUAUACAACCGUCCUUUGAGACUACAUUGAAGUCAAAGGCAGUGUCUGAAAACUGUAACGCGAAAUUCACCUGUGUUGUAUCAGGUUAUCCUCCCCCAGAACUAAAAUGGUAUAAGGAUGAUAUGGAAAUGGACCGUUACUGUGGACUUCCGAAGUAUGAGAUCCGCAAAAAUGGGAAAACUCACACCCUCCAUAUUUACAACUGUACACUGGAUGAUGCGGCUAUCUAUCAAGUCUCGGCUAGCAAUAGCAAAGGAAUUGUGUCCUGUUCUGGGGUUUUGGAGGUCGGCACCAUGAGCGAGUUCAAAAUUCACCAGAGGUUCUUUGCCAAGCUGAAGCAGAAAGCGGAAAAGAAGAGAAAAGACUUGGAAGAGCACCCCAAGAAGGAGGACCAGGAAAAUAUUCAAAGAGAGAAGCCGCUAGUUAAUCCAGAGGCCCCUCCGAGGAAGCGCUUGAUCCCGCCACCGGAGCCGGUCCAAGCUGCUAAGGGGCCUAAAGCUGUGGAGCAGCUGGAGGCUCCCACAGAGGCCAAUGGAGUUAGCUCUUCUGACGUCAAAGGAACAGCCACUGCUGCACCUUUGGACAAUAGUUUAGAGAAGGACAUACCGGCCCUCGAGGAACUCCUGGCCAAAAAGAAACCAAAGCUCACCAAUGGUGUCGAUGCUGGCAUUAACACCACCACAAACAGCAGCAACAGCAGAGGCCACGUGAUGGGGAACGGAGGUGAAAACUGCUAUGACGGAGGAAUCAGUUUGGCACAAUUUCUGUCAGAGACUCUUCAAUCGCAGGCAUCUGAAGACAGCCAGAAUACCCCCCAAGUAGAGGAACUACACGAGUUGGACUUAUGUAUCACAAAUGCUAGGAAAGACAAAGAAGGAGAACUUGACACAUUACAGAAAGAAAGAGAAGAGCAUGAAACCACAAAUGAGACGAAAGGAAACCAUUCUAUUAUAGAAAGGGAGAAAGAGAAGGAGGAAAGGCUGCAGGAGGGCUCGCAUACAGCAGAGCAACCAAAACACCUCUCAGAGGUCAAACAUCACAGAAAAGCUCACAAGGAUCACGACCACCAUAACAUUCAAACGUCAUUCUCGUCCAUGUUACACUCGGUCAAAGACUUCUUCUUUGGGAAGAGCAAAAGGGACUCUUAUGAACACAUUGAAAACAAAGAGAAAGAACAUCACCAACCACCGAGCUCAAUCCAGCCUAAAACUCUGCAGUCACAAACACCACCAUUACAUCGGCUGCACACAAAGCAUCAGCCAGAGGUAGAUAAACCUCCUAUGGACCAAGUUGUACCAAUGGAAUCUGAUCCAAAGCAACCUUCAGAAUGUGUGGCUGGAGACCAACAGUCGAAGAACCUCACUGCACGUGAAAAUGAUGUUGUACAAUUACAAAAGAGCACAAAAGAGCCAACAAAAUGGAGUACAAAAGUGGCUGAUGAACCGGUAUCAACAGCGGAAGAGAUCAGAGGUCUAGGUGAAGACACACCAUCGACCGACCUUCAUGUUCUCACUGAGGAGGAAAGCAGAGUAUCUGGAGUAGGCCCACACAAGCCCAGGGAGAAUAUGAAAACUCCACACAAAGAGGUCCCAACUGAGAUUCAAACCCAGCACCACCUGAAUACUGCAGAGCAAGACACUAAAGUGGUCUCAAGGGUGGAUUCGGUUCUCUCACGCCAACAAGAUCCAGCUUCACCACAACCUCAUCACCCCAGCGAAAGAGAAGGCCAACAUAAGUCUGUGUCGCCACAGAGCCAAACCAUUCAUGAUGCAAGUUUCCCUCCACUGUCCAGCAUUUUAGAAGCCAGCCAGGCUGCCUCUCCCAGUGUUAUCUCAGCUAUGGAGAGUAGCAGCCUUACCUGUGUGAUGCCCGCUGAGUCUUUGCAAGGGAGAGAGACAAAUGUUGAUAAGAUGGACAAAGAAGGUGAACCUGACAAAGAGAUGAAGGACCCUAUUAAGCAGUUAGACGUGGAAGAGAAAACUCAAGUCAAAUCAAAUGACCUGCCUGGUUCAGAUAUAAACAGACUAAAUGAAACUGAAUUAACGCUGCAUUUGCAGAAAGAGACAAUCGAGACAAUGGAAAAUAAAACACCCAAUCAGCAGACCGUUGCCCCUCAUUCUAAUAUGGAGGCAAGCCAUUCACAGAGAGAGCAUGCUACAACGACACAGGAAAUUAAUGUAGGGUUUUCACCCUCUGACGCCUCAAAGGUGGCUGACCUAAAAAUGCGGCCUGAAUACACACCACCUUUGGCAGAAGAGGAGUUAAAACACAGAGUACGACAGAGUUCAGAGUCAGGUUUUAGAAAGAGCGAGACGGAAGGUGAAAUGAAGGAUGAAAUAAAUGAUGCUAUACUCAAAGAUGUAGAAGAUCAAUCAUUUAACAGUUUGAAAAAACAAGAGAUUUUAGGAGAAAUGAUUGAAGUAAAGGUUGAGGCUACAGGAACGAAACAGCCAACUGAUGCAAACAACAUGGAGGAAGACUCGAAGAUCUUUACGGUUGCACAAAACAAGCAAGAUGAACUUAGUGUUGUGGAGCAAAAUAUGCUGCAUCAAGACAGUCAUGAGAAACGACAAAGUCCCCCAGAAAAAGUUCCACUUGCAUCUUUGUGUAUUGAAAACACAACAGAUUUCAAAGAACCUGUGUCAGAUUUAAGCCCAAAUGAGCACUUUGCUAUCCCAAAGGUUGAAAUAAUAGAGCCUGAUGUCAAGCAGUCCACUCUUCCGCUGACUAUAUUAGCGCUCAAGAGGAUAGAAUCAGAGCCACGUAUUUUAGAAAAACACACAAAACCGGAGGCAAUAGUCCACGAUGUUGUUGAUUCAUCCGGUGUGUUGCCAAAGCAGAAAGCUCUGCAUGGUGAUGAUAACCUUUCACCCACAGAUAAAACGAAAGAACUGGAGCAAUUGGAUAACAAGACAAAAAUAUCUGAGCAAGGGCAGGCAAGCAUGAAAGCAAGUGAGCAGCUCCCUCAGGUGGACUACACAUCCAUUCCCCAAAUAAAUGUUUCAUGCAGUGAUGAUAAGGAGGAUCAUAAAUUGGUAAACACCUGUGUUUCGGAUUCCCUACCGCCCUGUGGAAAGCCUACUGCGCCAUUGUUUGUGGUGCCGCCAAUUUCUGUCACUUGUCACGAGAAUGAGAGUGAACUAAGGAAGCCCACUCAGAGUGCGUGGACAGAAACUGAAACCUCAGUGCUCACAAGAGUUACACCCACUGUUACGCUACAUGGUGCUGGUAGUAACAUGACAGCCAAGUCUGAAAAACCUCAAGAAGUCAAGGGGAGCUUCACUGAGAGCACUUUCACAAUCCCAAGUGUGGUACAACGGGUGAAUGACAAAGUACUGUCUGUGCAUAAAACUACAGAAGACAACAUUUACCCUGAAAUACUCAAAGCAAAACCCUUAAAAGAGGCAAAGAUAGAAAAUUCUGUGACUGUUGAGGACCUCCUCAGAAGCAGGACCUCCACUGAAAGACUCGCACACAAACCCCCAACUCACCCAUCACUGAGCCCCGGUAGUAUUCGCAAAUUUAUGACCAAGGCUGCUCAGGAGCUGGACAUCGAUGCUGGAAUGGCAGUCCCUGUCAUCACAGUGGACGACCACCAGAAUGACAGGACGGACGAGGAUCUAAGUGGUGCAUCGACGCCAACGUCAUCAACACCAACCUCAUCACUGUCCUGCGAGAGCAGCCCGAGGUUGAAACGAAGGGACAGUCUGUCACUCAUACGCUCCGCCACGCCUGAGGAGUUGGCCUCGGGAGCCCGCCGUAAGAUCUUCAUGCCCAAGGCUAAAGAGGAUACCGAUGGAGUUUCUGGGUCACUGGAAGCUCAAAACAAGAAGGACACCCCUUAUAUGUCCCCGAGCCAGGCACGCAGAGCAGCAUUGCUCCAAGCUCCUGUUGGACAAAAUACCCCACCGAUGGAGAGGCGCUCUCCACUGAGUCGCAGGAAGGCCACACUGGAGGUACCCAAAGUUGUGGAGGAGCCAGCCAAAGAGGAGCCGGCGAAGACAAUAAAGGAGGAGAAAGUUGCUGAAAAGAAGUACGACCCUCUGAAAGCUCCACAGGUCAUCCGUAAGAUCAGAGGGGAACCUUUCCCAGAUGCCUCUGGACACCUGAAGCUUUGGUGCCAGUUUUUUAACAUCCUGUCCGACUCCACCAUUAAAUGGUUCAAGGAUGAAGAGGAAAUUCUGGAGGUCAAACGAAGUGCAGGGGAUGAAAGCCAGGUAGCAUUGGCUGUUGUGCUGGCCUCAAGCCACGACUGCGGUGUGUACGGCUGCACGAUAAACAACGAGUAUGGCACCGACACCACCGACUUCCUCCUCAGCGUAGACAUUCUGUCUGAUAUACUUCUCAGAGAGGAUUUUGAAGUUGGAGAGGAGAUAGAGAUGACGCCGCUGAUGUUCAGCAAAGGUCUUGCCAACUCAGGUUGCUGGGGUGAUAAGUACUUUGGCCGCAUCAUGACCGAGAUGGCGAACAUUGGCGAGGGUUGUGGCCAUAAAACCAGCAGAGUGAAGGUCAUCUAUGGCCUUAAUCCUGUCUUUGAGUCAGGAAGCACUUGUAUCAUAAAGGUUCAGAACCCCAUCGCCUACGGGACCAAGCAGGAGAGUAACCUUACAGACAGAAAUAUGGAGCUUACAAAACAAGAAUGCAAAAUCCAGAACACGAUCCGAGAAUAUUGUAAAAUCUUUGCAGCUGAAGCAAGAGUGAUUGAAAACUUUGGCUUUUCCCUAGAAGUCAUUCCUCAGUACCUAAUGUACCGCCCCGCCAACUCUGUGCCAUAUGCCACAGCGGAGGCUGACCUCAAUGGGGUCUUCCUCAAGUACUGCCUGACUGAUCCUAAAGGCAAACUAAUUGCACAGAGUGUCUCUGAGAUGGAACAGAAAUGUUGUACCUUUCAGCACUGGAUUCAUCAGUGGACACAUGGCAACUUACUGGUCACUCGCAUGGAAGGUGUUGAAACAAAGAUUACAAAUGUUCGAGUUGUAACCAAGACUAAAGGAUACCAAGGCUUGACAGACAGCAGCUCCCCGGAUGUAUUUGAGAACUUCCUGACUGUCCACCAGUGCAACUACUAUUGUGGACUUCUCGGCCUGCGCCCACUCAAGACUUUAGAUCUGCAGCAGCCUGCCAAGACAAAGAGCUCCAGGAGUCCUUUGCUUAACCGCAAGUUGACUCCAGGCUCCGGCAGCCCGCAAUUGCAGCGUAAAGGACACAGCCCUCAGAUGGUCCGAAAGGCUAACUCGAGCCCAAAGGUGACGAGAAAGACGGAGGAGAGUGAUUCAAACGGCAAAGUGAAAGUUGCUGAAACCACUGAUGUUCUUGAAAUGAGGUAGGAAAUUAUUAGCGGUUUCUCUUUAGUUACAGGCCAUAAUUAAAAACAACAACAAAAUUUCUCACAACGUACAAUGACUGUGAAUAACUAUCAAGCCAUCUGUCUCCUUGCUAGAUCGUUGACUAGAAUAUAAAAUAUUUCAAAGGGAAAAUUUUUACCAGUGUUUUUUUUAACUCUUCCACACUGGGUCUCAUGAGAAUUGACUCUACAUUACUGAAUCAUCACAAACACGUGCGUCAGAGUCUUAUCAGCUUUAUAAGUGAACUCUCUGAGCCAGCUUUGUCACAGCAGAAGAUCAACAAUGGCUGUAAUCUUAAAGACUUGCUUUAAAAAAAAAAACAAGAGUAAUUUUUUUUGUGUUUUGUUUUCAUUUGCACAUCAUGAAAUGGCCCUGUUACCCACUGCACGUUCAUCUGUGAUGUAAAGGGCAUCUUUAGCUUUAAAAAGGUACACUGCAAGUAUACACUUGGUACACAACUACACAAAAAUAUGCCUUUUUACAGAUACGCUUCGAAUAUCACAGAGGGUAUUAAGUUAACAAUAUGAUUAUUGUUGUUGUUCUCAUAUUAGGUGCGAAAAAUUAAACAGUACAGUUCUACACCACUGCAGUUUUGCUUGUUUUAACCACCUAUUACAGUCCCCCCCCCCCAAGCCAAAGUAAGGUGCUUAUAGAUCAACUAUGCUAUGAUGCAGCUCGUUUAUAUGGAGUAUGUUGGCAGCUAAAAAGCUGCUGAGUUUGUUCCAACGCUGUUAUCUGGACCUGACCCAUGAACACACUGGGCAAAGUAGCAUUAAAAACAGCAGACUCAGGAUUUUUCACACGGAUUUGGCUAUGCAAAGCCCCUCAUGUACGUUACCCAUAGCAGUCAGCACAAUACGACACAUAUUUAUAGCAACACCACACAUACUUGAGCAUUUCUUAUCUCUUGUAGCAGUUACCACGUGUUUUCCAAAGGCAGGAAGAGUUUGGUUUUUAAAUUCCGCACAUAGCAUACAUCAAAGCGUCGGAAAUGUGUGGAAUAGAUUCUUGGUUAAUAACUAACAGGAAUCGUCAAAUGAGCCACUCACAUUGUUUCAAACAAUAUUCACUUGCAUGAAAAAAAUCGAAUAAAAAUGAAAAAACACUGUUGUUUCAAAUGCUUGGAUGGUGUAGCUGUACAUUAAACACAAAAAAGGGCUUAAUAUUGUAUUUAGUGUGGGAAAAAAUGUGCGCUGGAGCAAGUGGGUGAGAGAUAAAGAAGUGUAAAUGUGCCUAUUUAAUGUUUACUAUGUUACACCAUGUC